GACCCAGCCCACCUCCCCAGUCCACUCCGCACACAAACCUCCCAAAACCCUUCUCCAAACCCCCAAAAACUCCCCCAUCCCGUCACCGCUUCCCAACUCAGCUCUCAACGCUAGUCAUCUCUUUCUCCACACAGACUCUGCUCAUUCUCUUGUCCAGUCCCAUCCUUGUUCUUCGCGCUUUCGUUGUUGCACUCCACUCUCUUCUGUUCUAGUACUCCACUCCUAGUGGUGCUCGUACUCUGGCAUAGCUUCUCUGUCGAGGGUCGAAUUUUACGGAGUUCGAAAACCGUUAUUAUCCCGGCGCGCUCGGGGCUGCCGCUGCUUCUGCUUCUUCGGCAGAGGACGGGUCGCGGCUUUAUUUCCUGCCGCUGCUUUGAGCUACUCGUAGCUGCUGUUACAUUUCUGCCCGCCUUUUAAAAGAAGGCAAAGAGGCAGUCUUUAUUGCGGCUACUGCCCUCCCCUGCGCCCGACCUCUGCUCUGCUCACAUCGUCACCCCGUCCUCAUCCUGCCGCCGUCCCUUUGGUCUUUAUUCCCCUGCCGAUCCGGCCGCAGAGCAGGAACGAAUCCAUUCGUUCAAUCGUCCGUCAGCUCGCUCACCCGCCCGCAGCACCGGCUAAGGCUGCAGCUUCCUUUCCUGCUGGGGUCAGGUUGCAGGGCUUUGUUUGUUUCGAGUUUUUGUAAACCCUGUCUUGAAAAGGAGUUUUGAGACACACAGGGACUGAGAUAGGCAGCAGCGUUUGUGCGGCGGAGUCUCGGUGGUGACUGGUGAGGAAGAAGGUGCUGGAGCGAGCCAUGUCGCGGUCGCGCACAGUGCGAAUCUUUUGGGACGACCCGGACGUGACGGACUCGUCCGGAGAGGAGGAAUCUUGCGGCGGCGCCAGGAGGGUGGCAAGGAUGGUGCGGGAGCUCCCUCCGGCGCCGGCGCCUGCCUUGCUUGUGCAGGCGGGAUUUACUUCUGCUGGUUUCCCGGAGCAGUGCAUCCUCGGAGAAGAUGAUGACCAGGCGAGGCCCGUCGGUGGCGCAUGUACUGGGGCGCGGAAGAGGUCUGCCAAGGGCGGCUCCGCUGCGGCGGCUGGCACCAACAAGUUUCGCGGCGUCAGGAGGCGGCCGUGGGGCAAGUACGCGGCGGAGAUCCGCGACCCGUGGCGCGGCGUGCGCGUCUGGCUCGGCACUUUCGACACCGCCGAGGAGGCCGCGCGCGUGUACGACUCCGCCGCCAUCCAGCUCCGUGGCGCGAGCGCGACGACCAACUUCUCCACCUCUUCCGAGGGCGCCACCCAAGAUCCGGCGGCGACCGGGUACGAGUCCGGCGCGGAGUCCUCGCAGGCGGUGUCGUCCCCGACCUCCGUGCUCCGCAAGGUCCCGUCGAUGUCGUCGCUGGCGGAGGACAGGGGGGACGACUCCGAGGCGUACCAAGGCGAUAAUGGCGGCUCCAGCAGCCUCGCUGUUCUGGAGGAGCUCGGCGAGUUCGUGCCGUUCGAGGACGCGCCGGUCUACUCCAGCAGCAGCUUCUGGGACUUCGAGCCGCAGGCGGGCUUCCUCUACGCGGAGCCGUCGUCGCCUGAUGAGGCUUCAUGGGGGGACGCCUCUGCCGGCGAGCCAUGGGCGGCGGCGCCGGUGCAGGACAACAAUGACUACUUCUUCCAGGACUUGCGCGACCUGUUCCCGCUCAACCCGCCUCCCGCGAUUUUCUAAACGGGCGCCUUCUUCCAUGGUACUGUUAGUUUUUUUCGUGUAUGUCAACUGUCAAGAGUAUUGUGCCGUGUACGAUGUGUGUGUAUUUGUACGUCGUGUGGUGAGUAGAGUUGUUGCUGUCUUCGCUUCGGUCGACGAGAAAUGUAUUAUCGGAGUACGUUUUUGAGUACGUCAAAGUUUUCCGUA